AUGCAGUUACGUCAAAAAUUACUAGAUGAAGAAUUGGACAUGAUUGAUAAACGCAUUAAUCGACUUCGACUCAGCUCGGCUUGUGAUCUUCAUGAAAAUCAGUCACAUUCAGCUAAACUGUCAAGAAAAGAUUUGAAGGAAUCUACUCAAAUAAAUGACAAUAAAACUCCUAGAAAUAUGUAUAUAGUUGAAGGUUGUGUUUAUGGAGAUAAUGGAGUUAGUGAUAGAAAAAAUUCUUCAAAUUUACCGAUAGAUUUAUUGAACACAAAACCUAACACAGGUGAAACACCUUCAUUAUCUUUGAUAUCACAACCGACUACAACUGUUGCACUGGACGUGUUUUCUUCUGAAUCGACAGCAGUUGCCCAAAAGAUAAGCACAAUUAUGGCAUCAAAUAAUCAAAGUAGCUAUAACACGGAAUCUACUGUUGUCAAAUAUUGUAUUUCAAAGCCGAUAACAGGUGUUUUGGCUGAACGUGCUCGUGAUCUUAUAAGGAUUCAAAAAGCUAAAUUGUUAAAUCUUGGAAAGUACAAAUCUACAGUUGAACUUUCACAAUCUUCACAUACAUCUAACCAAAGUUCUGUUGAUAUGGACUCGGAGAUCUUCACAAAUUCUUCAGCUACAAAUAUGGAAAUUAGUGAAAAUGAAGAUGUGAGUUGUUUGUCUCCAGAUGAUUCGAAACAGACAAUGGAUUAUUGUUCUAUCACUAAAAUUGGGAAACAUUCUUCUAGUUGGCGCACAAAUGACGAUAAACAGUCUUUCGAGUUUUCUCUACAAAAGAAUGAAUUGUCGAUACCAUCUGCAGAAACGCCAGUUAUUUUUAAUAAGUCUAUACAACCACCGAAAAGUCAACAUGAUGAUGCAUACGAUAAAUCACAUUCUAAUGAGAUCGUUAUUUUUGAUGAUGCCGCUCAAGAUGUGAGCAAAACUCCAGAUCAUGAAUCGUGCUUCGAAACUUUAUCUUGUAUCAAGAAUUUGAAUAAGAAUCCACCUAUUAAAAUAUCUUCACAGUCAACACACUUAGUGGAUUUGCCGGCUAUGAAUAAUUUGUCAACACUUCAGUCACCAUCGUCAUCAUCAUUAUCAUCAUCAUCUUCAUCAACAUUAUCACCACAAUCAUCAAUGAAUUCACCAUCGUCUAUUGGAUCGAAACAAACCAUGCCACCGUUAUCAAGUUCCGAUAAACCGCAAUCAUUAGAAUCAUACGCUACAUCAGAUACUUUAAAAGCUGAAUUAAAAGCAUUACUAACAUCGUCACUGAUCAAUUCAAUUAUUAGUCAUAAUUCAAGUGUAACAACUGAUACGAAUGAUUUGAAAAAAUUAUUUAGUUCACAAAAUAAUACAAUUAAUGAUCAACAGUCAAAUGAAAAUUCCACCGAACGUCCUCUUUGUGAUGGUCAUGCGGAUAAUCAAUCAAUCAACAGUAAUUACUCGAAUAAACUAACUGUGAACAGUGAUUUAAUUAAAACAAUCAAACAACGUAUUCUGAAUAAAUAUAUAAAUGCUAACAAAGAAUGGCUUGUUACUUUAUCUGGUUUAAAUAAUGGUAAAUUAUUACAAACUCAUUCUUCAUCGUCAUCACAUUCAAAGUCAAGUGUAGAAUUUCAUUGUCUCUCUGAAGUAACUGAUCCCAAAGAAAUUGAUUGGUCUGAAACAAGAUCUGAUUCAUCGUCGUUGCGUUCAAAACAAAUUUGCAUAAGUAAAUCUCCUGAAACUCAUGAAAUUUUUUCUUCAUCUCAAACAAUUAGUCCGUUAAGUAUGAUUUAUUCAGCACGUUUUAAACCAUUACCACGAUUAGAGGAGGCAACAUCUGAAGAGUCAAUACAUACUGUUCAAGUUACUUCAGAUUUCAACAAUCUAUCGAAUACACCUUCGUCAUGGACAGAUAGUAGAAAAUCAUCAGAAUUCGGUAAUUUAUCUAUUUAUUCUACAAUAAAUUCUAGUACGGCGUAUAUGCCUGAUAACUCUGUAAAAAAUGAAAAUACCAAUUCAUCUAUUCAGAACGUACUAAACAACGAAGUUUACUCACAUCAUUUAUCUGAGGAAAAUGAUACAAUUAAACAGUUACUUGAUAACAUUCCAAAUACUCCAGUUGAAUCAAAUAACAAUGAGAUUGUGCCCUGUCUAGGCUCUAAAUUAUCAUCAACAUCUUUGUCAGAGAAAUCAGAUAAUGGGACACUCAAUGUUCAGGAAUUUGGUCUUAAAAUUGUUUCAUGUACAAUACCUAUUGAUGAUCAGCGUAACAAUGUAAUAACAAGUGAAACGCCAGUUAUAAUCAACGCAAUUUCAAGCGAUAAUAUACCCGUCGAAAAUCUUUCUGAGAAUUCUCGACCAUCUAGUCCUGCUGAAGGGGCAGUUAGUAAAUCUUCUCCUAGCUAUCAUCAAAAUGUAAAGUUUAAUGUUUCCGCUUCUUUACCGUCUGUCUUUGUCGAGAGUAUGGAUGGGUGCGAAAAAUAUCAAAGACAAACUGAGACAGUGCAUUGCUCUUCUGAUAAUAAUCUCAAAACAUUUAUGCAAACAAAUGAAACCUCACUCACAGAUUCAUUACGAUCUUUCGAACGACAUGAGGUUCGUUGUGAUCUACUGAGUAAUUCAGGAACAUUUGCAGCUGGUGGUUUUAAAAAUCAGUUUCCCGACACAUUAUCUAAUAAUGUUGACGCUAAAAAUGUCUCUUCACCUACUGAUACUUUAAAUAACAAAAAAACAACUGAGAAACCAACAAUUACUCAUAGUAAAUGUUUAAUAAGUAAACAUACAAUAAAAGACUUUAUGAAUAAUCAACGCGAUCGCAUAAAUUCUAACCGCGUUGUAAUUAAAACUUCAAAUACGAGGAAACUAGAUUCAUUUGUAUGUAAUUCGUCUAAACAAAGAACCACACGCAGUGGGAUUGUUCAGAGUAUGGCUCCAAACGGACAAAGAUCUAUGAAAAGUAAACCCUCAAAUGUUAACAUUCCAUCCUCAACUACCCAAAUAACUCGUAAAUCUUCUUUGAAGUCGGCUAAUGUUACCAAAUUGUUCGUCAAUAAUAAACAGCUUCCAUCCAUACCAGUGUGUACAUCGAAUUCAACUAGAUUAUCUAGUAAACAAAUUAAAACUUCUGAAUCCUACAAUUGUACAAAAUUAAAUCCUUUUAAUCAAGCUAAAGCAUUACAAAUGGAACUAAUACAAUGGCAACAGAAACGCUUAAAAUGUUAUCAAGAAUCACGUAAUAAUGAAAUGGCAAUCUCAACAAAUAAUGUCAUUCCGAAAACAAAUACGAAUUGUAUUUCAAUCGAUGUAGACAAUAAUAUUCCACUUAUAUCAGAUGAUAAUGUUGAUAAUAUUAUUAACUUGAAAAGCAUUCCUGGGAGCAUUCAAAUCAAGAAUGAUCAACAACUACUUGAAAACAACAAAUCAUCGCCCUCAAGUGAUAACGCAGAUCAAACUUCGGUGGAUUUGGCUAUGGUGAAUAAAGAUCAACCAGUGGUGGUUUGUCUUCCAGGAAUUGGUACUUCACAUCCUCCUCUAGCAGUUUGUUCCGGUGAUUUGUCGAUUAUUGAACCAGUAUCUGAAAUGAAUGUUCCUGACGACCCAACAACACCAGUCAUUGGACAUCCUAAUAAUGUAAAUUUUCCGUUGACUUCAGCAAUACCACCUCCUGAUGUUUCCAUUCAUGUUUCAAAAUCAGACAGCCAUAGUGUUAAAAGAAUUAGUACCAUAUCGUGCACACCGGUGUCAUCAUCUAAAUCAUACGAACGGAAUGACACAGUUUUGUUUAAUUACGAUCGUCAUCAGCAGGCUCAUGCAAAUCGCCAACGUGUAAAAGAAUUUGAUCGUAUUCGCCGUGAACAAUUAAUGAAACGAAGAGUAUAA